AUGUUUGGUCGUCCGUUGCCCUGGGGCCGCGACCCGCUCCCGGACAUGCAUUCACUACUCAACACCAGGUCCCGCCACCGGCAUCCACGAGCUCGAGUUCCGUCGCUACCUGAGCCACAGGGGCUACCGACAUCUACACACCACCGCCCCCGCGAGCCUCGCCAACAGCCGACGUACCCCAAGCACCUCCGCUCUAGCGACCUGUCCACACCUCCAAGCACGACCUCAUUGUCGGAGUGGGAGUUCGACACGUACAUGCUCGGUCACGAUGACGACGAUGACGACGACGACGAAUACGACAUCGACGACAGCGAACCCCACCGCCUCCCCCGCUUCGUACCCGCACGAGCGCGCCAUCCACCCCGCCACAGUACUCCAGACGUGCAACGCGCUUCUGUCAACCUCCCGCGCGACACGGCCGCCGAGCUGCGCGCCGACGAAUUGCUGCUGCUGCCGGCGCUGACGCAUCUGCACAUCCGCAUGCGCAUGCGCGCGCCGUACGCUGCGCGGGACGAGACGCUGUGCGCCGCUGUGCCUGGAACGAUGCGGUUUGGCGAUGUGGUGAGUAGCGUUGUGGCGAUGUGUUUUGGCGACGGCGUGAGGCGGGGUCAUGUCACGGCGUGCGUGAAGCAGAGGGGUCAGUGGAGGCAACUUGCCUCGGAGUUGACGCUGGACGAGGUGGCGCCUAGGGGCGAGGUCUUCGGAGAUGGGCGGAGGGAGGUUGAAGUCAAAAUUGAGGUGAGCGACGAUGGAGAAAGGGAGCAGGCCAGAGGCAGGUUCAGUGGGAGGGGGCCGAGAGGGAGUGGCUUUGGGGUGGAGAGGGUGUUGGAACGGGAGGAAAGCAGGUUUAGGGUGGAUGUUUGA